UUUACGAUAAAGAGUGUUGAGUCACAAAAUAGCUAAAAAGCAUAAUGACAUAUAGUAAAGCGUCAAAGCAGCUUCUAAAUAAAGAUUUCGUUGGGUGUUUAGAUACAAUAAGCAAAUCUCUUAAAUCAGCGAAUAACAACAACGUUGUAAAUAAGCUGCUGUCAUUAGAACUUACCUGCUGGUUAACACUAUAUCUGAAUGGAGAUAAUAAAUCUCGUUACAAGCAAUUGAAUUACACGAAACCUCAAUUCGUCGAUUAUCUCAUAAAUCUCUCGAGAUCUCGCAUAACGGCUACAUUACCCGGUAGAUCUCAAUCCGCUCUUUUACUCGCUAUAGUUAGAUUAGAGCAACUUGAUAAAGCAAAGAAUGAAGCUGAGAAAUGGUUGUUUAAUGCUAGUAACGCAGAUCAGGAUUACAAUAAAGUGAGGGAUGUCUACGCAUUUAAUAUACUACCUGAAUUUGGUGAAUGGGACGUCAGCAGGGAAGUUCUCUCCUCUUCAGCGAUUGAUGACAAUGAUAAGAAUAACUUGCUUCAGAGACUCGCAGAUCUGGAAGAGACGGCAAGUGGGGAGGUGCUAGCAAACACUCCAGAAACUGUAACUACUGAACAGUCCACACCAUCUUUGUCGAGAACAUCAUCCACCGAAUCAUCCUUUACGGCGACACCAGCGAGAGUGAAGACAAAGGAAGAUAACUUUGAAACAACACCAUCCGCUGCAUCCACACCGCUUACAUCUAAUGGUAUCACUCCUGAGCAGCACUCAGACAUACGCUCACAUAUUUCAAACCACGCAAAGCAACCCUCACUUGAACCAGUUGCCAGAAACAGCAAUAGACCACCAACAAAAACGGCUAAGGCUCUCAACCUUCUUGCGAAAAUGAGGGAAAUAUUACCUAGAGUUUUACCGCCGUUUCUUAUUUUCCUUCUAGCUGUUUUGUUUGCCAGCAGACGGCAAAAUAACGCAAAUACAGCUCGAUCAAUCAGAGAAAGACUGGCCAAAAGAGACGGCUUAUGGAAUAAGCUAUUGCAGACAAUCCAGAUGGGUACGCGCGGAAUGCUGCCUUGAAAAAUCAGUUUCUUUUUCAAAAGUGUAUAAUUUAUGUAUUAUGAGUAAUGAUUUUAGUCUACUAAUUGU